AUGAAAGACGAUUUAUUUUUUAAUAUUGAUCAUGGGUAUUUAGAAGGAUUAUGUCGAGGUUUUAAAAGUGGUAUAUUAAAAGCUCCAGAUUAUCAUAAUCUUGUUCAAUGUGAAACACUCGAAGAUUUAAGAUUACAUUUACAUAGUACGGAUUACGGUAGUUUUUUGGCUAAUGAAGCGAGUCCAUUAACAGUUAAUGUUAUUGAUGAUCGUCUACGUGAUAAAUUAGUACAAGAAUUUCAACAUUUAAGAAAUGCAUCAUACGAACCACUUUCAACAUUUUUGGAUUAUAUAACUUAUGCUUAUAUGAUUGAUAAUAUUGUAUUAUUAAUCACCGGUACAUUACAUCAACGUGCAAUUGGCGAUCUUUUACCACGAUGUCAUCCAUUGGGUACUUUUGAACAAUUGGGAGCGAUAACUAUUGCUGAUACACCAGCACAAUUGUACAGUGCAGUUCUCGUCGAUACGCCACUAGCACCCUAUUUUAUCGAUUGUAUCUCAGAACAUGAUCUAGAUGAGAUGAAUGUUGAAAUUAUUCGAAGUACUUUGUACAAGGCUUAUUUGGAUGAUUUUUUUAAGUUUUGUAAAGACCUAGGCGGUGUAACAGCUGAUGUAAUGUGUGAAAUACUAGCGUUCGAAGCAGAUCGUCGUGCUUUCAUGAUAACGAUCAAUUCAUUUGAUACUGGUUUAACACAAGAUGAACGGGCUAAAUUAUAUCCAACGUGUGGUCAUUUACAUCCCGAUGGGUUGGCUGAAUUACGUAGAGCAGAUAGUUAUGAGGCUGUUAAAGAAGAAUACAAACUAUUAUUUGAAGGUGCUGGAUCGAGCACUGGAGACAAGACAAUUGAAGAUAAAUUUUUUGAACAUGAAGUUAAACUCAAUAUGAAUGCAUUUCUUCGACAAUUUCAUUUUGGUAUAUUUUAUGCAUAUUUAAAAUUGAAAGAACAAGAAAAUCGUAACAUUAUUUGGAUUGCUGAAUGUAUCGCACAACGACAUCGAUCACGAAUCGACAAUUAUAUACCAAUAUUUCCAUAA